AAUCUUAAAGUUCGUAAGCCUGAAAUAUCAGUGCGACCUAUUGUUGUUUCAAUCAAUGCAUCAGCAAGACAAAUAUCAAGUUUUUUAGAUCAACUGCUCACUUCAAUUUAUAAUUAUGUAACAAAAGAUAUAACAUUUAUUAAUAGUAUCGAUUUGAUUCGAAAAUUAAAAGACUAUACAGAAAAAGGUUAUCUUACUUCAACAACAUUAUUUGUUACUUUUUACGUGACCGAUUUAUAUACAAUAAUACCACGAGAUGGUGCUAUUGCUGCUUUAAGACGAUUUUGUCAAAAAUAUUCAAUUAAUGGAAAAAUUGGAAACCUCAAAAUAGAUACUGUCAUUAAAUUAGCCUCUGUUGUUUUAGAUACAAAUAUAUUUGCUUACAAAAAUAAAUAUUAUCGACAAAUUAAAGGUGGAGCUAUGGGUUCACCAUUUACUAUGGUUUUAGCAAAUAUUUAUAUGUUAGAAUGGGAACAAAAAUUAAUUGCACAUCAAAAUAGGCAUCAUGAAAUUUAUGGCCGAUAUAUUGAUGAUGUAUUUAUGACUACGAAUUUAACAAAAGAAGAAAUUUUACAACAACUUAACGAAACAAUGAAAACAGAUCCAAACAUUAAAAUUACUAUUACAAUAAAUCAAUCCUUAGAAUAUCUUGAUGCAACUAUUGAAAAUAAUAAUGGACAGUUAAGAACAACUAUUUAUCAUAAAUCAGCUUGGGAACCUCAUAUUCUACCUAAUGAAUCUGAUCAUCCACGACAUAUUCAUGCAAGUAUAAUUUAUACAAUGUUAGUUAGAGCAGCACGUCUUUGUUCCACUGUGGAAGAUUUUGAUAUGAAACGAUUAAGUACAGAAAUGAUAUUAUUAAUUAAUGGUUAUCCACUAAAAUUUCUACAACAACACAUGAAAAACUUCUUUAUCCAACAUGAUGCUAUGAGUGUGUGGAUUGAACUCAAUAGCGAAGCAUAUCAACAGCCACAUAAUGCAUUACUUUACAAACCAACACGAAGAGAACUUAAAUCCA